AUGCCGCCACCACCCUUACCAUCAUCGACGACCGCAAGCGCAGCCCAGCAGCAGCAGCAGCAAAGACCGGCAUUCAACACAAACCAACAGCACUACAGCCCGUUGAAGUCGCACGCCCCCAAACCGCUGACAGCCACGUUCCUCGCCCCUCCCUCGCCGUCAAAGCUGCCCGCCAACGUCGCAAUCUCGGCCGAGACGAGCCGCCUCCAGACCGAGCUGCUGCAGCUGUCCCUGAUGCACCGCGACGCCGCGGCCGUGAGCGCCGAGUGGUCUGCCAGCGCGCGGUCGAAGCUCGGCGCGCGGUUCGAGGACGUCGCGCGGGAGAGCCGGCAGCUCACGCAGCUCGAGCAGAGGGAGGCCGAGGGGCAUAACAUCGCGGCUCUGCUGCGGUGGUGUGACGCCGAUGCCGAUGCUGAUGCCGAUGGCGAGAGACUCGGAGGGCAGGCGAUGGCCCUCGAGGACAAGAUCCAGACCCUGGACCAGGUCCUGGGCGGGAUCUGGUCGCUCAGUGGCGGAGAGCAGUACGCUCGCCUGACGCGCGAGUUUGAGGACUGGGCAGAGCAGGUCGCUGACAUCCUGGCUGCGCAGAGAAAAGGCGCGGCCGAGGACCUGCUCGACGACAGCGACGAGGUUCUCUUUGUCAGCGAGCUGGACACCAGUGGCUGGAAGAGCGACUGUCCUGGGCUGGUGAGGAAGCUGCAGUCGUGGCGGAGGAUGCUGAGGGACCUGGGACGGGUGCCCCUCCUUUCCGCUGCUGCUUCUCCCGCUGAUGCGUCGCUGGGGACACGGGAGGAGAACGGCAGACCUGCUGCUGCUACUGCUGCUCGUCCCCAGCGCGGCGCAGGCGAGCCAUCGAAGCAGCAUUCCAGAACACAGUCCCAGCAUCAUGCACGGCAGCAGUCGCAAUCGCAACAGCAACAGCCGGAGCAGCGGCAGCAGCAAACUCUAUCCAGCCUCGAGAGGAUCCUCGCGGACUGCGAAACCCUCGUCAACGACAUGCUCGCGGAGCUGACGCUCAUGGAGGCGAUUGAGCGCGACGCGCUGCAGGCCGAGAAUGACUGGAUCCUGCGGGUGAACCGGGAUCUUCGCGGGUCUGGCUCUGGCUCUCAUUAUCAUGGCGAUGAGGGUGCUGUCGGCUCUGCGUACGACGUCAUUGCCACACCCUCGGCGACGGGUAGAGAUGCAGUGCCGCUGUGGAAAAUGGUGCUGUAA